AUGGCGCUGUCGCGCGCGGAGCGGUGCCUGGCGCUGCUGCUGCGGCUGCUGUCGCGCGCGUGCCUGGCGCUGCUCGCGCUCGUGGCCCCCGGCCCCGCGCCGUCACGUGCCGUCCCGCCACCCCGCCACCCGCUGCUGCUGCUGCCCGCGCGCCGGCUCGCGGCGCGGCUCCGCGCGCGCCAGGUGACGUGCGUCGAGGUGGUCGAGGCGUACGUGGAGAGGAUCAGGGAGGUCAACCCCCUCAUCAACGCCGUCGUUAAGGACCGGUUUGAGGAGGCCCUGCAAGAGGCCCGGCAGGUUGAUCAGCUGCUUUCGGAGGGCCCUGGAGGUGACUGCCUGGAGGAGAAGUUCCCCUUGUUGGGGGUUCCCAUCACCGUCAAGGAGGCCUUUUCUCUGCACGGGAUGCCCAACACGUCUGGCUUGGUCAACCGUCGGAACGUGGUCGCCACCUCGGAUGCCACGGUGGUGUCGCGGCUGAAGCAGGCUGGUGCCAUCCCACUGGGCGUCACCAACUGCAGCGAGCUCUGCAUGUGGUAUGAGUCCAGCAACAGGGUCUACGGCCGGACCAACAACCCUUACGACCUGCAGCGCAUUGUGGGUGGCAGCUCUGGUGGGGAGGGCUGUGUCCUGGCAGCCGCCUGCUCUGUCAUAGGUGUGGGCUCCGAUAUCGGUGGUAGCAUCCGAAUGCCUGCUUUCUUCAAUGGAGUCUUUGGCCACAAGCCCACAACAGGAGUGGUGCCCAAUGAUGGCCAGUUCCCCAACGCUCAGGGGGUUCGGACCAGCUUCCUGUGCACGGGGCCCAUGUGCCGCUAUGCGGAGGACCUGGAACUCAUGCUGAGGGUCAUGGCUGGCCCUAACGUCGACAAGCUGAGGCUGAACGAGAAGGUGUCGCUGGAAAAUAUAAGGUUCCUCUGCAUGGAUCAUGACGGUGGGUCCGUUUUCGUGUCACCUGUGGACAAGGAGAUCUUGCAGGCUCAAAAGAAGGUGGUGGAGCACCUCGAGAGUGAGCUGGGGGUCCAGGUCCAGCACGUGGCCAUCCACAAGAUGAAGUAUUCUUUCCAGAUCUGGUCAGCCAUGAUGUCAUCCAAGGACAGUGAUGGGCAGGAGGCGCAGCUCUUCACGGACCUGCUGGGGGACCACGGGAAGCCUGUCUGGCCACUGUGGGAGCUGGUGAAGUGGCUCGUGGGGAUGUCUUCCCACACUCUGCCAGCUAUUGCCCUGGGGCUGACGGAGAAGGUGAUGAAACUCAACCCUGGUGGGAAUGCCAAGCUGGUGAGCAUGGGGAAGAGUCUGCAGGAGGAGAUGGAGGCCCUGCUGGGGGCAGACGGGGUGCUUCUCUAUCCCUCGCACCCCACCAUAGCUCCCAGGCACAACUCCCCCAUAUGCAUGCCCUUCAACUUUGCCUACACAGCUAUCUUCAACGUGCUGGGCCUGCCAGUGACGCAGUGCCCACUGGGCCUGAGCAGCGAGGGGCUGCCACUAGGCAUCCAGCUGGUGGCAGCCCCCUACAAUGACCACUUGACACUGGCAGUAGCCCAGUACCUGGAGGAGGCCUUUGGAGGAUGGGUUUUACCUGGGAAAGUGUAGCCUGGGCACCUGGUGCUGCAGGAGGCAGGGACGGAGACAGUGGUGCGCAGUGAGGUGGCGGCGGGCAUUGGUUAGGGCUCCUGGCUCCGCACCCUCUGGCAGCGGCUGGCAGUGCCUCCAGUCCCUCCCUGCCGCACCUUCUGCCAGAGGGGAAACCUUCCCUCCCCACCGCUGCUCGGGGUGAUGGUGCUGGAGGCUGACAAGGUGUUCCUGGGCCUGGAAGUGCCCUUCCCUGUUCCACCUACUGCUUUGAGGAUGCUGAGUUGAAGGCUGAGGAGAUGAGGUGCUGCUCGCGGACAACUACCCAGUGCCACCCUUGGGGUCCCCUGGGGGCACCUGUCCUCCUUGGCCUCACCCAGUCUGCAGGGCUGGGACUGCACCCUCACACUGCAGCCUUCCUGGCCCCUGCAGCCUCCUUGAGCUGCCACAGGGUGCCCCUGCCCUCACACCAGAAAGGGAAAGGGCCUGAGGGUGCUGUGGCAUCUCAUGACAGCACUUUGUGGUGUGGAUAGUGGCAGGCUCUGCCCAGGGUGUAGCUGACUGGAAAGGGAGAAGGAGCUUUUGCUCUUGUGGCUUUUGCCAGCACUGGAAGAGCUCUUGAAAUGCUCCUCUCUGUGUUGAGAGGGCUGAAGCAUUACUGCCUGUGUCGCCUUCUCCCUUGUGUCCCAGGGGAUCACAGAGCCUGAUCGGAGGACCCUGCCCUCCUGAGCUGCCUGGCCUCUGCCCCAGGCACAGGCAGGACAGUGGGCAGCCAGCAUGUGAAAGGCAUUUUCAGUGAGGGUGUUAUUAAAGAGCCUGUCCUGUUU